AUGCCCGCUCCCCCAUUAUUCUACCUUCUCCAACACCGCUUGCUUCCUCCUCCAGCACCGAACGCGAAUCAACUGCGACGACACAUAUUGGCUACACCCAGCACCAACAACGUCUCGCCACCGUCUGCGCUCACACGUGUCUUCGCCAUUCCAGAACUUCUUGAACAGGUCCUCCUCGAUCUAGCGGUGCAAUCGAGUCACUACAUCUGCGGUCUCGAACCCGCCACCACAAUGGCGCGCUGCCAGUCAGUCAACCGAACUUUCCACGCCGCCGUCCGCCAAUCUUUGAAGAUCCAGCGACUAGUCCAAAACGUCCCCGAACCAAACACUCGCCAACCGCUUGGGCCCCUCGCGCUGAGGCCCCUCGAUCAAAGACUGGAGUGGCUUUUCGGAAAGCUCAGCCUCACCCUCACAAACUACUGCCGCUAUCGGGGCAAGGACUGUCACUACAGACUGCUGGCCGGGUAUCGACCGCCGUUCUAUAGUCGCACCCCAAGAUUCGUACGAUUUCGGCAACGUCACAACGCACCUGAAGCCAGCUGGCGUCGGGUGAAGUGUCACUACCAGCAGUCCAUUUGCUAUGGCGCCAUCGAAUUUGGGUUUAUAGCGAAGGUGUAUGGGACAAUUGAGUAUGGGCCAGGAAGUACACUAGACACAGUUUUCGAUAGUCUCUGUGCUAUUCUCGACAAAGCAAAGCGAUACAACGGGGUGUAUGGAGAAGAUGGCGACUUAGCGGAAGGCGCUGAGAUGAGGUGGAUCCUGGCACGAGAAUCGAUGUAUGCGUUGUCCGUGGCGUGGAAGAGUCUUCGAGGUAGAGUCGUAUAG